UUUGAUGCACGGUGAAACCUUAGUUACUUCUUAGUUUCACUAUGGUAAAUCCCAUCGUGUGGAUGUGGUUGGAAGUUCACAUGUUAAUGUAGACUAAACCUGAGAGCUUGUUUUAUGUUAUUCGUUUAAAACUUACCCUAUGCUUUGUGCUCUAUGCUUAAUACGGGUUUUGUAUUUUUUUUCGUAUAAGGGUGGUUAUAGUCCUAUGGAUCAAGUCUUCUCGAUCUAGAUGAUGACACAGAGAAAAGAAAAACAAAUGAUAUUUACAAUAAUAGUAUGGAGUUUCAGGCAGAGAAGUUUGGGUUACACUUACCUUGGGCUGGGCAAUCGGGUUUAUUCGGGUUUUGGAUUACGGAUUCAUGAAUUUCAACUCUAUUAGGAUAUUAUAAAAGUUCGAGUUCGAUUAGGUUCGGCUUUAGUUGAGUUUGGUUAAGGUUUAGUUACAUGUCUAAGAUCUGGUUGAACCCGAAAUAGUUCUGAUUCAGAUAUUAAUCGAGUAAUCGGUUCCAAAAAUAUUGAUUUGUACUUGAACAAACUCAAUAUAUUUCCAAUCUUUUCAAUAAAUUUGUGUAUGUGACUUAUUCAAACCAUAUUGUUGUUCUUCAUAAUUACUUUAGGACACUCUUCUAUCAACCAUACGAGAUUCGUCCUUAAAUUAUAUAUGACAACAUCAGACAUAUCACACAAAACCAAAGCUUUGUACGAACGAGAAACAUACAUAAUAAAAUGUAAACGAACUAAAAUUAACAACUAGCUAGCAACUUUAACAUAAAAAGUUAUUUAAGCCUUAAAAAAACUCCAGAACCAAACUUAUUCUUUGUUAAACUUUGAAUGCAAUUGUCAAAAUAUAAAAACAUCAAUAUUGAUCAAAUACCAAAAUAUAUACAUUUAAGUAAGUAGACGACAAAAAAAUAUAUUAAAAUGACUAUUUAAGUUAAUUAUUCAUGUAACUGAUAAUUAUUUAUGUAUUCAUUAAUAUCUUAGUAUUUUAUGGAUACAUAUUAGAGAUUGAGAUCGGUUUUAGUACAAAUUUUUUUUGGAAUAUUGAAAUUUUCACUUUUUCGGACAUCCAUUUGGAUUCGUGUUUAUUUUGGGUAAAAACUCAUAACCGUAGAAGAAAAUUCAUUCGGUGUUUAAGUUAGAUUCGAUAAUUUUUUUUUGGAAUAUUAAAAUUUUCAGAUUUUUUCGGAUAUUCAUUUGGGUUCGUGUUUACUUUGGGUAAAAAUUCAUAACCGUAGAACAAAAUCCAUUCGGUGUUUAAGUUAGAUUCGGUUCGGUUUAGAUUCAUUUUUAUAGGGUUGGGUUUUGUUCGAAUUUUCGAUUUGGUUUACCCAGUCCUACACUUAACCAUUUCUUAUUGGGCUGUAUUAAAAACAGUUCUUGGGCUGAAAAUAUACCGGCGGAGAGUUCAGGCCCAGUCCAUAAACACAAAGGAUGCACUGUACAAACUAUAAACUCUACCGCACCUGAUCACCCCCUUGUUUUCGCACCAUUUUUUCCCUUGACGAUUUCUGUUUCCCUGAGAAUUUCCCGGGAAAGAAAGAACAGAAAAGAUUUUCCCAAAUCUGGAAUAAUCAUGGAGGAAAGAAGCAGCAAGAGAAUCAAACCAACCAUGGAGGACGAAGAAGAAGAUCCUUCAUCUUCAUCAUCUCAGCUAAACCUCCCACCUUCAAUGAACCGACCAACGGUCUCACUCGAGACCCAACGAAUCAACCGUUUAAUCCAUUCCGACCACUACCACUCUCCCUCCAAACCAAUCUACUCCGACCGGUUUAUCCCGAGCCCAUCCGGUUCAAAUUUCGCUCUUUUCGGCCUCGAACCGUCGCCCGGGAAAGAAGAUGGGCCUGGGUCUUACGCCGGUAUGCUCCGAACCGUGCUUUUCGAACCGGAGACGCCGGAGAAGAGAGAUGUCGUUACUGGGUUCUCUCCUUCUUCAAGGAAUAUUUUCCGGUAUAAGACGGAGACGCAGCGGCCGGUGACCUCGUUUCCGCCGUUUGGGUGUGAUGAGGGGCCUAGUGUUAGCCGUAGUCCGGUUAAGCCGCCCAGGAAUAUUCUUAAGUCUGCUUAUAAGGUAUUGGAUGCGCCGGCUCUGCAAGAUGAUUUUUACUUGAAUCUCGUGGAUUGGUCAGCGCAAAAUGUACUUGCAGUUGGAUUAGGGGGAUGUGUUUAUUUGUGGAAUGCUUCUAGUAGCAAGGUAACUAAGUUAUGCGAUCUCGGUGGCGAUGAAAGUGUUUGCUCAGUGAGCUGGGCACUACGUGGAACACAUUUGGCUAUUGGAACUAGUAGCGGAACUGUAGAGAUUUGGGAUGCGUUACGCUGCAGGAGAAUAAGAACGAUGGGAGGACACCGACUACGAGUUGGAGCCCUAGCGUGGAGCUCAUCUGUUUUAUCUUCCGGUAGCAGAGACAAGAAAAUACUCCAGAGAGACAUACGUUCUCAAGAAGAUCAUGUCAGUAAGCUAACAGGUCACAGAUCCGAAGUCUGCGGACUCAAAUGGUCUUAUGACAAUCGUGAGCUAGCAUCAGGCGGAAACGACAAUAAGCUUCUCGUAUGGAACCAACAUUCAACACAACCGGUUUUGAGAUACUGUGAACACACAGCAGCGGUUAAAGCCAUUGCUUGGUCUCCGCAUCUUCAUGGACUUCUUGCUUCAGGUGGUGGCACUGCUGAUAGAUGUAUCCGUUUCUGGAACACGAAGACAAACACUCGUUUAAGUUGCGUAGACACUAAUAGUCAGGUGUGUAAUUUAGCUUGGUCUAAAAACGUGAACGAGCUUGUGAGCACGCAUGGAUAUUCUCAAAACCAAAUCAUCGUUUGGAAAUACCCAACCAUGUCUAAAUUAGCAACUCUUACGGGUCACACGUUUCGUGUUCUGUAUCUUGCUGUUUCACCCGAUGGACAGACAAUCGUGACAGGAGCAGGAGAUGAAACGUUAAGAUUUUGGAAUGUGUUCCCUUCUCCUAAAUCUCAGCGCAGGGAGAGCGGGAUUGGGGCCCUGUACUUUGGUAGAACAACAAUCCGGUGAUCUCUUUAGAAUAUGAUAUAGUUGGGUCGUCAAUAACCAUACCUUGCAUAGUUUUUGGAGUGUUGGUGUGCUUCUUUAGGUCUCCUUUUGUGUAUAUAGUUUGAAUUCUUACAAAUAUUUAACUAUUUUUCAACGAUUUUUACAUAAACAAAACAUGAACGUAAGCAUAAUCAAACCACAUUUUCUUCUGCAACUUGAUCAUUAGACAAAUGAGAAACAAACAAGACACUAGUUGUGAAUCUUGGUUUUGCUGGAGACAAUUAGCUAGAAAUUAUCUCCUGAGACCUUUAUUAGCAGAGUGACAAUCACUAUUCUCAUUGUUGUAAAGAGAACCGUAGCCUUCUAUGCAACUAACGCAACAACAUCAAUACAAACAAACAAA